AUGAAUUCGUAUUAUGCUGGUUAUUUCGACAGCGACGAGCCACACUUUCUAGAGUCUUGCUCCCUUUGCCGCAAAACACUUUCUCUUAACUCCGACAUUUUCAUGUACAGAGGGGACAUGGCAUUUUGUAGCCAAGAGUGUAGGCAAGAACAGAUUGAGUCUGAUGAAAGUAAAGCCAAGAGCUGGAGAGAAACGUCAUCUUCGUCCAGAUCAUCUCUCCGGAAACAGUCCGAUACAAAAGAUUCCGUCGCGGGCAAGACCGUACGGACAGAAACACUAGUCAUGGCUUAG